UGGGUGUCGGCGUCGAGGGAGACAUUCACAUUGAUGUCUGGAAUACUUUCUCUGGUCCAUCCUGAGCAGUAUGCACAGGGUGUGAAAUGCAUGCAGAGGAUCAUAGAUAAUUCUGAUUUACAGGAGUACGCUGAACAGUGGGCUUGCGUCUUCAAUGCAGUUACGGCCUUGACAAAUAGGGAGACACCAUUUCAUCGGGAUGGUUCAGGCACAUUCCCCUGGUAUGACAUUCUUCUCACUGUCGGAAGGUACACAAGGGGUCAACUAUCUUUACCGGCACUGGGUUUAGACCUUGACUAUUGCCCUGGGACAGUUGUACCUUUCUGUGGGAAUGUCUUGCGGCACGGUGUUCCCCAUUGUGAAGGUGAAAGGAUUUGCCUUGCAUUUUAUAUGCGAGAAUUUGUACAUUUGUGGGCAAAGACUGGGAAGGCGGCAUGGUCUAUGGGUGUGGAUGUAAAGUAG